CUCAGCUUGGGGCCGUGUCUCUCUUGAGCUGAGGGGCCAUUCAUUUGGAAGCGGCCAUAGUUCAGAGUCCAAGGGCAGGAGGAACAUUGGAGAAAGCAAAUAAGUCAGUGGAAGAGUUCUGACAUCCUCUAAUGAAACUUCCCAUAAAUUGUGACUAUAAAGGCUUACCUCAUGGAUAGAUCAUUGGUGAAAGAAAGGGUAUCUUUUCUAAGUGCACUUUACUUUGUUUUAAAAUGUAAUUCAUUGAACUGCAACCCCAAAUCCAGAGCUUUUUAUUAUGUGUGAUGGUAAUGUGUAUGGACCAAUCUGAUUUUUAAAAUGGCAUUUGGUUCUCUUUGUCAUACACAUCAAGGAAGCAAAAGCUGGUGCAAUAACAAUACAUACAUUUGAAAACAUCAAAAUACUAUUAAAUCUGAAGCAGGUGUUUUGUUUGGUUUUGGAUUGUCAUGUCUGAAGAUGGUCUGUCAGAGGAGGACAUCUGGGAAUACAAAUCUGUUAGGAAGCUAAAGCCAUUAGGUCAGCAUUCAGAAGCCAACUGUACAAAUGUACAGAAAACAAAUGAUGGAAAGGCUAAGCCACAAAGAAGUGGCAACAGGAAAAUGUCAGAAGCAGAAGAUAUCCCUAAGAAGAUAAAGCAGGGGCCAAGGAAGAGAGCUACCCAAACACCCUUAAAAACAAAUCUACACUUCAACGUUUCCAAUGAUGAUCCUGUUGCACAGUCACAAGAAAGUGUGCCAUCAACUUCAGCUAAACAAAAGAAAAACUACAAAAAGCAAAGCCCUUCAAAGGCACGGCCAGUUUAUGAAGGAUACUGCCCAAGUUGCCAGAUGCCAUUCUCUUUGUUGUUGAUUCAGACACCUCGGUGGCAUGUUACAGAAUGUUUGGAUGGUUCAAAGCCUGCUGAGAAAGAGUGCCCCGAUGGUCUCCUGUGCACUUCAACCAUUCCUUCUCAUUACAAACGUUAUAGCCAUUUCCUUCUUGCAGCAAGCAGAGCAGGAGAGUAUGUUGCUGAAUUCUCCUCAACUGGCACAAAGGAUAAUUUCUUUGGAGCUGGUGCUGCUCCAUCCAUCAGCUGUGAUGCCUUCAGUUAUGGAGAGUUACAUGAUUUAAACAACUCCGAGGAUGUGGGAAAACCUCCAAGAGAGUGCCUUUUCUUACCAAAACAGAGUAUGACAGCUACAAAUUCUAUGGACAUAACCAACAUAAAUCCUCCCUCUUUGGAAAAUAUUAAAGGAUCUGAACAUAGGAUUCAGUCUACAGAUAGUACAAAGCUGGAGUGCCCUGGCCCUCUAUCUCAACAAUAUGAAAGUGAUGAGGAUCUGGACAGUCAGCAUGGCUCUUAUCAAUUAAAUAUGCUCAUUUCAGAAGCUGUCUUAAGUGACUGUGACAUUACUUACUCUCCACUUAAUACAGAUGAGGAAGAGGCUAUACAGACGGAGGAGGAAGAGGAGGAGGAGAAAGCAGUGGUGGCAGUAGCAGCAGCACAGAUAAAACAUUUUAGGAAAAGAUUAUUUAUCAAUGGAAAGCUGGAAGAUAAGGAUGGAACUGUUGAAAGUUCCAUAUUUUAUAAGCCACUUUGUGCUUCACAACAGGGGGAAUUUGAUCGUAACAAUGUUAAAAUAAUGCAAGCUUGCACAGCAAACAAGGAACCCCAUAACACAUUAAAUGCACUCCAAACUGUGGGUGGAAUUUCUUGGCCACUCUCCCACAGUAGCACACUAAGUAGGGUUUGCACUUCGACAAAUAUUCUUGAGCAGUUGGAACAGCCCACAGAAGUCCUCACUCUCCCUGUUGAAUGUAAAAGAACUAAGGAGGAGCUUGAGUGGCUUAAACGGAGCUCUUCUGCUACAGGUGAAUGUGGGUGGGGCAACUGUAAUGACUAUAAUUGGGUUUCUGAAGAUUCUGCAAUUAAGGAUAUAUUGGUGGCUUCAGUAUCCAAAGAAGAAGGUAUUGGGUCUUUUCUACCUAGCCAAAGUGGUACUAGAGAGGAGCCCAAUAGUAGCUUAGAUACAAAAAGUAAAACUGUUACUUCCACAUGUAGAAACAUGUUGGCUCAGAACAAUUCAUACUCAAUAAUAGAAAAAGAAGGAAACUUUUGUAAUAACACAACUAUGCCCAUUUUUCCUAGUACAAUUUCUAAAGCAUUGCAAUAUGUUCCUGCUGCAAACACUAAGGUCCAAACCAUUCCUGCAAAAGAACUAAAACAAAUGGACAUCGGUGUUUUCUUUGGGUUGCAACCGAAAGCAAAAAUGGAGAGUGACCAAAUGAAAAAUCUUUGUGAGGGAGCACAGACUUGGAGUCCAUUAGCUACUACAGGAAAGAGGCCCAGAUCUCAAAAGAGGAAAGCUGAAGGAUCAGUAGGAGACUCCGAUAUGAUCACAGAAAGUUCGAGCAAGAAUGUCAGCCCUGCAGAUCCAACAUCUGGUAGACAGAGAAGGUGGAGAAAGAAAUUUAAAGAGCCAUGUCCUGCUGCAGAAGAAAUGGGGAAAAAACAGUGUCCCUUCUAUAAGAAGAUACCAGGAACAGGUUUCGUAGUAGAUGCAUUCAAGUAUGGAGAAAUUGAAGGAUGUACGGGUUAUUUCCUGACACAUUUCCAUUCUGAUCAUUAUGGCGGCCUAACUAAAAAGUUUACGUUCCCAGUAUAUUGCAACAAGAUAACUGGAAACCUGGUGAAGAGCAAACUUCACGUGCAAGAGCAGUAUGUCAAAAUCCUACCAAUGGAUAGAGAAUGCGUAAUAAAUGGGAUCAAAAUAGUGUUGCUUGAUGCUAAUCAUUGUCCUGGUGCUUCAAUGAUCCUUUUUAUCUUUACAAAUGGGACUGUUAUAUUACACACAGGAGACUUCAGAGCAGAUCCUUCUAUGGAGCGUUAUCCUUUCCUGAUUGGCCAGAAAGUUCAUACCCUCUACUUAGAUACAACGUACUGCAGUCCUGAAUACACUUUUCCUUCCCAGCAAGAAGUGAUUCAGUUUGCGGUCAAUACUGCCUUUGAGAUGGUGACCUUAAACCCACGAACUUUAGUUGUUUGUGGCACAUAUUCUAUUGGAAAAGAAAAGGUCUUUCUAGCUAUUGCUGAAGUCCUGGGCUCAAAGGUGAGCCUGUCCCAAGACAAAUACAAAACACUACACUGCCUGGAAUCGGCAGCAAUAAAUUCCCUCAUUACUCUAGACUGGAAUAACACUUUGCUUCACCUUCUGCCCAUGAUGCAAAUUAAUUUUAAGGCUUUGCAGAACCACUUGAACAAAUUCUCUGAGAAAUUUGAUCACAUUUUGGCUUUUAAACCCACUGGCUGGACUUUUUCGAAUGGGUGUUGCUCUUUGAGUGAUAUCCAACCUCAGACUAGAGGAAGGAUCACCAUAUAUGGGAUCCCUUACAGUGAGCACAGCAGCUUCCUUGAAAUGAAACGAUUUGUCCAGUGGCUGAAGCCUCAGAAAAUUAUCCCUACUGUAAAUGUGGGUAACUGGAAAUCCAGAAAUGAAAUGGAAAAGCAUUUCAGAGACUGGAAAACAGAAGCUGCAGGAUGGAACUAGGAGGAUAAGUGGAAUUUGCACUACAAUAACUAAAUUCAGCGUGCAGUGUCGAAAUUUAAGAUGUUGUCUUCUAAUACAAGGGUCAUAUGUUCUGUCAAUCAAAAGCCUGGAAAUUCACCAAAACUGUAAGGGAUUUAUUUGUUCAAGCUGAAAAUUCCUGAAAUUUUGAAGAUCAACUGUUGCCUUAUCAACAAUUUUAUACGAUUAGUAUGUGGGACUAACAUCUAGAACACAGCUGUCCCCGCCCAUGAGAUAUUCGAGAAUACUUUGUAUGGACCUGAGUUCUACUGCAAUGCAAUAGGGCACUCUGAAUCUGAAAGAAUCAGUAUCUUUCUCAGCAGCCAACUUCUUCUUUAACUCAUUUGCAAAAUUUGCACUAUAAUUAAGGGCUCCAGAAAGCUAUAACUGCAGUACGCACAGUGGUGCCAAAUUAGAACAAUUAAAUUCAAACAAGAUAUAUGGAUAAUAAUGUAUUUAUCUUCUACAUUUUUAUAAAAGAAAUAUAUUUAAAUAAACCAUCUAAAUGCAUUUACA